AUGUCUGGCUCACCUUCCCUUUGCAAGAAAACCUUCAAAACAUUCCAAUUUGCAUAUAAAUUCAUCAAAGAUCUCCUUCUAUCUUAUCAUACCUAUCUAUUUCUCGCUAUCGAAGCUGUCCAAUGCCUUUGCUUUAUCCAUUUCGCGUACCCGGAGCACAAAACUCCUCAAGCUGCUCUCAGUGAGUUCUUCGCAGAUCCUCUUCAAAUUGUUGGGACCAUUUUGCUUGCGGGUGUUGGAGCGUUUUUGCUCGAUCGGUUAUUUUUCAACAGAAAGCAGUAUACAAUUAGAAGCUUCUGUGCAAAGCGGUAUCUGAUGGCAACAGCGAUGAUCAGCUUGGCUAUUUUGCUCCCAGUACAUAGCAUUAUUGGCCUGUACUGCGAUUGGACAGAAAACAUCAUGUCGGUUGUAAUCCAAUUUAUCGCAGGAUAUUUGGUCUUCAAUCUGGUAGACCAACUGUAUGAACUACAUGCACCGGUUUACUACGAAUUGUCGGAAAAUACCAAGAUCACCACUGCUCAAAAAGCUUCCAUGGUUCUGUUUCUCGUCAUCUCCGAGAUCUUUUACAUAGGCCUUAGCUUCCUCGACCUGGAUCCUUUGGCCGAUGAGUAUGUGGCUUCGGGAUUCUUCUAUACAACUCGAUUCAUCUGCCCUAUCAUCAAUAUCCUCGCAAUUCCGAUAAUCUGGCCUUCUUGGCUUAUAACUCGGAAGAACUGA